AUGCCGUACCGCAGGCGUUUCUCCGUCAAAAUGCCGGAUUUCGAUGACGAUGUGACAGUCGUUGAUGUGUACGACUUGGCUUCAGAUAUUGGAAAGGAAUGUGAAAUAAUAAUUGAGAAGUACGGCCCUGAAGCCGUGACUGCACUUCUACCGAAAGUGAUAAAUGCUCUAGAACUCCUGGAAAACUUAGCAGUUCGAAACGAGAAAGAAAAUCGGGCAUUACACGAGUUGACCGCUAAGAUAUCCCAGUUAGAAAACGAUAAGAUCGAAAAAGCAGAAUACAGACAACGAUUUGAAAAGGAAAUAGAAGCAAUUGAAGAGCAAUGGAGAACAGAAUCAGCAGAACUAGUCACAGCUGUAGCAAGGUUACAAGAUGAAAACAAACGACUGAGAAGAACAGUUAACUCGCCUGCGGACGGCACAAGUGCGCCCCCUUCACCAGCGCGGGAACAUGAUCAAGAGGUGCUAUCACGGCUCAGCAGUACUGCCGAGAAACAGAGAGCUACUCUUCGCCAUCAGGAGCUGCAAUUGCAAGAGAAGCAGCAGCUGAUUGACAGUAGUUCACCAGAUAUUCGAGUGGAAGCUAAAAAGAUCGUUAUUUUGCUGUCUUAA